UGUCCAGUCCACCCACCAUGACAGGAGACACCCAGGCCACUGCCAGCUCACCUACAGUCUCUGUGAGGACCACCACACCAGGCUUUGGUUCCCCUAUGGCCUCUGUGAGGACCACCCCACCAGGCUUUGGUUCCCCUAAGGCCUCUGUGAGGACCACCCCACCAGGCUUUGGUUCCCCUAUGGCCUCUGUGAGGACCACCCCACCAGGCUUUGGUUCCCCUAUGGCCUCUGUGAGGCCUAGAACACCAUCAAGCCCUGCCAUGGCUUUUGUGAGGACCGAAUCACCGUUCUCAAAGCCCCCAUCCACCCCCUACAAAGCCUCCGUGAGGACAUCUUCCCGCUCCAGCCCUGCGACGACCUCUGUGAGGUCCAGCAUAGCUUCCAGCCUCAGCACUGUCUCCGAGACCAGCACCAGCCGUGCAAUGGCUGCUGAUGUGCAUGAUGAGGAUGAGCUUGCUGCUCCUGGCCCUGCUCCUGGUCCCACUCCUGACUUCUGGCUUCCUGUCAGAAUGAAGGAGACAAUCCCGGUUCAGGACCAGCGGUGGAUUGCGUCCACCGCUUUCAGUCUGGCAAGCUGCGUUUGAACUUGAAGCUCUGGU